CUUUUUAGAAAAGAAAGAAAUUAUAAACUGAACUGAACUGAAAUUAAACUGAAGUAAAUAAACCCUAAUUAGAUUUUGAUUGAUUACUAACCAAUUUCAAAUCCGAUUCCUACCUCCUAGAUUUUUUGAUUUUUUUUUUCUUUGAGGAAAUUAACCUUGUGAUUCUAGUGCAAGUGAGGAUUUGCGAGAUUCUUAGAAGUCAAUAGACUCACCAUCAACAUUAAGCAAACACUAAAAUGGAACAACAUCAAUGCUCUCUCCACCACCACAACAACAACCACCACCACCACAACAACAACCACCACCACCACCACCAUCACUUCAUAAUAAUCCAGCCCUGUUCUCUCACCUCCCCUCAUCCCCACCACCACCAUGUUCUUCCUCAAUGCAACUUUAUUCCACAAAACCCCAAUUCUAAAAUUUGCCCUAAUUUUAUCAACCCACCUCCCCAAAUCCCUCAAUCUGCAAUCCCUCUUCCUUCCCAGACCAAUCCCAAUCUUGGGUUUUCUGGGUUUCAACCAUCUCACACUUCCCAACAUACCCUGUACUUCCAAGAUGAUGGUCUUGAUGAAGUUGAAGAGAUUGAAGAUGAUGAGGAUCCGAUUUUUGUUAUGACAGAUGAAUGGAGGGAGUUUUUUGCGAAAUCUGAAGCCAAAAGGAGAGAAGCUAAAAAGCUAGCCAAGAAACAGGGGAAGACCUAGAGGAACAACUUGAAGAUUUGGAAGGCAAUGGCGGUUAUAUACGUUGUCAUGGCAGUGGAUUUUUUGAUCUUAAGAGGGUACAAAUCGGUGAUAUUCUGCCCAUUUGAAACUCUGCUCCAAGUUGCAAGACAAUAUGUUUAACUUUGCUGAUUGACAAUUGGUCCUGUUUUUGCCGUGGGAACAGUUCUUGUAAAUCCUUUUAGUUGUCUGUAAUUGUGGAUCAUAUGCUAGAAUGAAUGUUCAAUUACAUAUAGUUUUGGUGGAUGAAAUUUGUAAGUAUGUUUGCAUAUUACAAUAAAUAUGGAACUCGUAAGUCUUGAUAGAUUAA